AUUCAUCCAACUGUCAACAACAUUAAAUGCAUUUCCCAAAAGUAACACUUAUCUGGAUGCUAUUCAGGCUAUUGAAGUGAAUGAUUGCCGUUAGUUACAAACAUGGGAAAGUUUUGAAGUCACAAUUUACUGACAAACAGCGAAUGUUACCAGUGUUGGGACAAGUCGGUUAUCCCUGGAAUAUUUAGCCAUGGUGUGUCAGGGGCUAGCAUAUCUUCCCUUGAUUACAGUCAUUGUGCCAUGUGUAGCUUUCAUUUCAGCGUAUGUCUUUGCUGUUCUUCGAAAAGAUGUUAAUCCUUACUUUCCAUAUAUAAGUGACACAGGAACAAGAAUUCCUGAAAGUUGUGUAUUUGGUCAACUUUUAAAUAUAUCAUCUGCAAUAGCCAUCUGCACUAUCUAUGUACGUUACAAACUCAUUCAAAGCAUGAUCCAACUUGGAGAUGAAUCCAUUUUGCGCUACAAUAAACAUGCCCUAGUAUGGGGAGCAUUGGCCUCUUUAGGCCUUAGCUUGGUCGCAAAUUUCCAGGAAACAUCAGUGGAGGUUGUUCAUGUUAUAGGAGCUACUCUUGUGCUAGGUUGUGGAGUGAUUUAUGAGUUUCUCCAAACAUCAAUAUCAUAUAAAAUGUAUCCUGUCUGCAAUGGUCGAAGAAUCUGUAGAAUUCGACUGGUGAUUAGUGUGAUCUCUCUCCUUGGUUUUAUAAUGAGCGCAGUCUUUGGUAUUAUUUCCAGGUACCAAGGUCAUCCCAAGGACAGACUUCACUGGAAACCCUCGGACGGUGGAUUUACAGCUCAUAUAAUAAGCUCAGUAUCUGAAUGGAUUACGGCCCUUGCCUUCCUCGGUUUCUUCAUUACCUACGUCAAGGACUUCAGCAAAAUGAAGCUGGAUGUCGUGGCUCGGGUGCAGGUUCAACACCUGGACGAACCAGUUUAUGACGAUUUUAGCGAAGACUCUCGACUUAUAACUUAAAAACUGAAAAUGCCUAGAACGGCAGUAUUUGAUGAAAGGGUAUUAAAUUUGCAUAAGCAUAUACAAAAGGAUGUGAAUCUAUACAUGUAGCUUGAUUUUUGGCUAAUAUAUUCCUGUUUACAUGUAGAUCUAAAAAAAAAAAAAAAAGAAGAUUUAUGCAUAAAUGUUGCUUUUUUAUCAUUUUUUUUUAUUUUGUUGUGAAUUUCAUAUUUUUAGGGAAUCUCACUGUAACUCGUUUGAUU